GAUGCAGGAUUGCUGCUAUCAGGAAAGAGCGAUCUCGGGAUGCAGCUCGAUCAAGGCGUGGCAAGGAGAACUACGAGUUCUACGAGCUAGCGAAGCUUCUCCCCCUUCCUGCGGCCAUCACCAGCCAGCUGGACAAGGCAUCGAUCAUCAGACUGACCAUCGGCUAUCUUCACAUGAGGCACUUCUGUAUUCAAGGAGACCCGCCUUGGCAUAACUACCCAGAGAACAUCUCAGCACCUACCAACUCAUCCAGACACCUCUCAGUACUGCAAGGACGUUAUACACAUGUCCAGUCAGGAACCCAUGCCAUUGCAAGAGAAGUAUAUGAACAUCACCUUGGAAGUCAUAUAUUACAAAGCUUAGAUGGCUUUCUCUUUGCGUUAUACAGAGAUGGACGGUUUCUAUACAUCUCAGAGACAGUAUCAAUAUAUCUGGGACUCUCACAGGUGGAGUUGAUGGGUUGUUCUGUCUUUGACUAUGUGCAUCCUGGAGAUCAUGCAGAGUUAGCUGAGCAGCUUGGAAUGAAGCUACCACCCAAUAAGACAUCUUCAUCCUCACCAUCCAGUACCAAUGCUGAUGGUAACUCUACUAGUGGUUCCGGUGCUGGUAGUCCUGCUGCUAUAGGUCCAUCAGCUAUCCAAGAUGAUGUGACACUGAACAUGACAGCAUCCUCGGACAGAAUAGAGAGAUCCUUCUUGAUUAGAAUGAAAUCAACCCUUACAAAACGAGGUGUCCACUUCAAAUCUUCAGGUUAUAAGGUGAUUCAUGUAACAGGUGCACUCCGUCCUGAGCUCAGUCUCUCUCAAUACAACCAUCAUCCUCCUAACGUUCUUGGGUUUGUUGCCGUUGGUUACUCCCUACCACCCCCAACCAUCAGUGAAGUACGGCUAGAUCCUACCAUGUUCAUGUGCAAGGUGGACCUUGAUUUUACCAUCACAUUCUGCGAGGCAAAGAUCGGUGAUUUUCUUGAUCACUCGGCAGACAGUGUGAUUGGUAAAAGUUUCUACAGUUAUAUUCAUGCUCAGGACAUUGCCAACGUGCGCACCAGCCAUCAAGACUUACUGAACAAGGGUCAGACAAUCACUAAAUACUACCGUUGGAUGUUGAAGGAAGGAGGUUAUAUUUGGGUUCAAACUACUGCAACUCUCUGCUACGCUAAGAACUCAAAUGAUAGCUCGUUCAUCUUCAUCAAUCAAGUCAUCAGUCAUGUUGAACAUGGUGAGGUUGCUAUGGAUAUCAGUCAGAUCCCAUCCUUAGCUGUAGAUGAACAUAUAGAACUCUUAGGAACAUCACCCUCAAGAAAUAAAACAUCACCAUGCCUUCACUCAGGAGAUGAAGCCGAUGGGGUGUCCGACCAGCAGGUAGGAACAGGUGGGGAUAGCAACAAUAACAGCAAGGGACAUCAAGGUCUGCUCGAGGGUAAAACAAGGAAGCGCCCUCAGAGUCCGGAGAGGAGAAAGAGUAAAAAGCAUCGUGGUGCUCAGAUCACAAGGAAUGAACCUACUGGUAACCAUGGAAACCUAGAACACAAAUCCGAGAUGAGUGGUAGAGAGAGCAAGAGGAAAGCCAACGCAAGACUUCUGGCGCAGAAGCCUAAACCCUGCCCAGAUGUUAUACCUAAGCAGGUUAUCAUAAGGGCCGAUAGUCCGAAUGAAAAGACUCUGACUGUUCUAGGAGAGAGAGGGGACUUCAGGGAGUCAGAGGAUUAUGCCAAGAGGAGUAAAGAGCGAUUGCAACAUCCAGAGGAAGUCAUCAAAGAAGUGAUUAUAGAAGACAAAGGAAUGCAUCAUUCACCAACGGCGAUAUCUCCCAUCAAUCACAUGCAAGCUUCAUCUUCCUUGUUAGCUCUGAGUGUCAGGAAUGCGAGCAGACACGAAGAAGAAGAUAUUGUCAGAGUGCCAUUAGGAAGCUGGGAGAACCCUCCUAAUCGAGAACUACCCCCAGAUCAUAAUGGAAUGAUCCCCUCACCAGACACUAACCACACCCGUCUCAGUCUGGCUCCAAUGAAUUCAGUGCCCAAGGGAGUCUUUACCACGCCCAGUCCCAAGACACCGGACUCUCUUCUUACCCCUCCUCUAUCAGACUCCGCCAAGAAUCAGUUUUCCCUCCCUCCUGUAAGCUCACUUACAUCGCCCAAAGCAAGACCAACGCACACUGACAGUAUUACCCCCAUCUUCACCACCGAGAAUUCAAUCAGUCGGUAUAUAUCAACAUCGGGCAGCAAACACGAGACUGUCUAUCCUAUCCCAUCACCCUUGACCCAGAACCCAUCGGUAGAAAGCUUAGACUCCAUGCGCAACAUGGUCAAACAGGAACCUAGCUUCUACAAUGCUCGCAUGCUAGGUGUGCCAUCUUCUUACACCAACAUGGCUGCAUACGCUAACUAUGGACAGUACAAUAACCUGCAGCAUUACAACGCUACUGUCAACCUGACAUCAAGGGCUUACCAAGCUGCAGCAGCUACCUACGAUGCUUCUAUGUAUAAGAACUACCAUACCACCCCUGAUCUACCCAUCGAUCUAUCGUAUAACGGUGUGACAGGUAUCCCUAUCAUGUCGCCGGCCAAUGGACCAUACUUCCCAACUGCUUCUAGACUACAAUACAACAUCACAGACGGACAGCUCAGCUUGAACUGUGACAAGACAGGACUCGACAAAUCUAAGUCAACAUCGGUUUAGCUAAUGUAGAAAGAGAUAUAUCCUGUGUAUGAGUGUGUGUCCACGAGUUAUUCAGACUUCAGCAGUAUUACCCAGAGAAUUUCAUGAAAAUCCUUAAUUUUAUGUCACAGAAAGAAUCUGACAUAAGACAUAAUCAACUGAACAAUGGAUACAAAAAUCAGUCAUUUGCCAAAUUCUUAUGUAAAUAUCAAGAUUUAAUCUUUUAUUAAAUGAAGUUUAUCUAUAAAUCAGGAAGUUUUUGUUCAAUGUGAACAUUAUAUCACCUUUCCAUAUAUUCAACAUGUUUAGAUAGGUACUUCUUGAUGUUGAGGAUAGCAUAUUAGCUACGUCUGUUGGUUGAUUAUAACCACACCUCAUGAGCAAAGAACACCGAGUCCAGUUUAUGAUAUAAUUUGCAUACUGGAAGGUUCCUGAUGUCAAUCGUGAAUUUGAUAGACAAAUUGAAACAAUCAAACAAACUUGAAUGAUAUGCACUCAUGGAAAGAUGAAUUGUUUUUAAUUUGUUGUGGCAACAUGAGAAAACGCUGUUUAUCUAUUCUUACCAGGUCUUAUAUGAAUAAUUACUAGUUGUUACCCAGCGUAACGUCUGCAAUUUAUGAAAAUACUAAGAAUCUAAGAAAUACUGUCCACAGUUCUUUGAUUGAAGCAAAGUUCUCAUGAAAGCUUUCUGAAGAAUCAUUUUAAAAGGAAGUCUAGAAAAAGAAGAACCUUUAUUGUUGAUUGAACAAACCAAGUAAUAUGACUUGGUGAAGAAAAAAAUGAAAUUGGUUAAAAUGUAAUUGCAAUCUGAAAUCAUAAUUAACUUAAUAUUAAAUUAAUAAAUUGUCAGAAGCUUAUAUUGACUGAAAUAAAUGGUAUCCCAUAUGAUGCAUGGUGUAAUGUGUGUAUAGAUGCUAGCUGCAAAUAUGACUUGGUCUUAUAUAGCCACGGUGUGGUAUGAACCAUAAUUCACUGAGAUAAAUGAAACUAUAUUAUAUGAAUGAAAAAAAUUACUUAUGUCUACAAACUGCCAUUGGUUAGGAAAUGAGUUUUUCCUCCAUUUGUGUGAAGUUAAAGAUCUUUGCCAAAUUUGAUAUAUUUGCCCCUUCCACAUUGUAAAAGUAUAACUUUUUGAGAUAAAACAGUGUGCCAAAUGAAUGCAAGAUUUGUUUAUUGAAUGCACAGUGAAAAGAAUGUGAAUAAUGAAUGAAUAGCAGUAUGGUUCAAGAGUGUAAUAAAGUACUUAAUAAUCAGUUUAUUAUUGUUCUGUUUACUUUCCAUUCUGUGUAUAGAUGCUUUUAACCCCCCAAAUGCAUGUAUCUGUCAUAGUUAUCAUUUAAAUGCUGAAAAUUCUUAUUGUGAGGUGCAUAUCUUAAUUUUUACUUGACCAAAGAAUAUUUGAUGAUGUUUUGUCUUUCCAUGUUAGGUUUGUAAAGGGGGAAGAAGAGAAGAUGCCCUGUAUUGCUAGCAGAUCUUGAUGGUAUAAAGUGUUGCUGUUUCAUACUGCUUGUGCAAUAAAGAUUAAUUGGCUGGUUGAAAAGUCCUUACAAUAAUGCUUAUAAUCUCCCCUUUUAUAUCCAGCAUACAUGUAUAAGACUUUAUGCAUAUAAUGUAUGAUUUGAAUGGCUUGCUGUCCCGCUAAUUUUUGUUGGUGCAGAAUACUGUCUUCUCUCAAAAAAUGUAAUUAUGAGUUUUCACUGAAUUAAAAUUUAAGCGAAAGAACUGCUGUAAUCAGUGAUCUAUUAAAAUAUUUUGUAUUAGGAUUCAGAUACCGAGUCGGUAGA